GAGAGAGAGAGUGAGAGAGAGAGAGGGAGAGAGGUGCUGGAAAGAAAGAAAGAAAGAAAGAAAGAAAGAAAAAAAAGAAACCCACCUCUUCUCUCCCUUCAAAAGUUCUAUAUUGGGGAGAGAAGGCAGGAGAAGAAAUGUGAAAAAAAAAAAGGAGACAUUCUUUGAUUCUAAGAGAAGAGGGUUGUGGUGUAGCAGAAAAAAGGAGACAUUUUUUUUUUUUUUUUGUAGGGAAUUGAAUUACACAAGGGAAGAGGGACGAAGGAAGGAAGGAGGAAAGGAAGGGCUUGGGUUUUUUGGGCUGGGGAUUGCGAUGCUCCGGUUAUGGAUUGCAGUGCUUCAACUAUCGGAGCUUCUUGUGAGCUCUGUGGUCCAUUUGUUAUAUGGGUUUUACAUUUUUAGCACGGCUGUGGCAUCAGAUAUGUCACAGGCCAUGAAUGAAUGUUUCAAGCCCAAUGUGAAUAUGAAUAUGGAUACAGAAGUGAAAUUGAAUAAUGGGUUGAGAGGGGUGGAUUCUAAAGCAUCAACCAAUCUUGAGGAUAUGCCUCCUAUUGUCUUAGUUCAUGGCAUCUUUGGAUUUGGCAAAGGGAGGUUAGGAGGCUUGUCCUAUUUUGCAGGAGCAGAGAAGAAGGAUGACCGGGUGCUCGUUCCAGACUUGGGUUCCUUGACCAGCAUAUAUGAUAGGGCUCGUGAAUUGUUUUACUACUUGAAAGGGGGACAAGUAGAUUACGGAGAAGAACACAGUAAAGCUUGUGGGCAUUCCCAGUUUGGAAGGAAUUAUGAGCAAGGUAAUUAUCCUGAAUGGGAUGAAGACCAUCCUAUUCACUUUGUUGGACAUUCUGCAGGAGCCCAGGUUGUUCGAGUGUUGCAGCAAAUGUUAGCAGACAAGGCUUUUAAGGGUUAUGAGAACACUUCCGAGAACUGGAUAUUGAGUGUAACUUCCUUAUCUGGGGCGUUUAAUGGGACGACUAGAACGUACUUAGAUGGGAUGCAACCAGAGGAUGGAAGAUCUAUGAAGCCUGUGUGUCUGCUUCAGCUGUGCCGCUUGGGUGUCAUAAUUUAUGAAUGGAUUGACAUUCCCUGGCUGAAGAACUACUACGAUUUUGGGUUUGGCCACUUCAACUUGUCAUGGAAGAAAAGGGGCAUUUCUGGUCUAGUGGAUUGCCUCCUGGGGAACAUAGGUCCUUUUGCUUCUGGAGAUUGGAUCCUACCAGACCUUACCAUUCAAGGAUCCAUGCGGCUUAACUCUCAUCUCAACACUUUCCCAAACACAUUCUACUUCAGCUAUGCUACAAAGAGGACUAGGAAGAUCAUGGGGAUCACAGUCCCUUCUAGCAUACUGCGUAUACACCCCUUGUUCUUCAUCAGAGUUUUCCAGAUGAGCCAAUGGCGACAUCCUCCAGAUGUUUUGCCUCCUUACAAAGGAUACCGGGAUGAGGAUUGGCAGGACAAUGAUGGAGCUCUUAAUACUAUAUCCAUGACACACCCUCGUUUACCAGUUGAACACCCAAGCCUUUUCGUUGUAGAUGACUCUGAAUGCGAGCCUUUGCAACCUGGAAUCUGGUACUACAAGAUUGUGGAAGCUGAUCACAUACUUUUUGUUGUGAAUCGGGAGAGAGCUGGAGUGCAAUUUGAUUUGAUAUACGACAGUAUCUUUGAGCGCUGCAGAAAGCAUGUCUUUAGAAGCAAACCCCAGACACUACCCAAUCAAACAAACCAGUAGUAAAAAAUACAUUCUGAAAUAUACUCAGCAAAGAAAAUGAAAAGCAAGGCUAGAUCAGGCCUUAACAACCCCCACCCCCUUUCUCAUUCAGAUGUAUUUAGUGUUUUUUUUUUAUUCUUUUUCUUUUUUUUUUUUUUAUCUUCAUUUUUUAUUUUUAGUGCAAAGCCAGUUUGUAGUUUUGUGGCAGCUUUUGGAGUCUCAUUUGCAACACUUAUAUACCUCUCAUUAUAAGAAAUUUAGAUUCAUUGCCAGCUUUAAA